CAACACAGAAUCACACACAGACAAUGGAGAGCAAGAUGCUUUUCACACUGUUCCUGCUGAUCUGCUGGCUUUUCACGGUUCAGCCUGAAACGACACCUGCCAAAAAAAUAAUUCAACAUGAAAAAGAAGAUGAAUAUGACAGAGACAUCCACUCUGUGCUGAGAGAGAUGACCGCCAUGCUCGCUAAACAGAGCAUUCAAAUAAUGUACUUACAGAAAGAAAAUGAAGCUCAGGCAGCCAAACUGAGAGACGUGGACAACCUGAAAGAAGCGAUUCAAGCUCAAACAGCAAAGCUGAAAACAACAGAGGAGAAGUUGGCUGAGUUGGACACACUGAAAUCCCAGCUGCAAGGAAAACGAGUGGCUUUUGGAGCAUCUAUCGGAAAUACUGGAAACAUUGGACCUUUCAACAUUGAGAUCACCCUGACCUACAAGAACGUCCGUGUAAACACCGGCCAAUACAACCCUGCAACAGGUAUCUUCACAGCUCCAGUCAGAGGAGUUUAUUAUUUCAGCUUCUCUGGUCAUAAUAUAUCAUCUAGAUCAAUGGGGCUUCGACUGAUGAAGAACGGACAGCAGAUGGUCACCGUGUACAACCAUGCAGCUGGAAACCGCUAUGAGACUGCAACCAACGGCAUGGCUUUAGAGCUGAACCCUGGAGACCAGGUUUACAUGAGGCUACGGCAAAACACCUGGGUUUUUGACAACAUUAAUGACCACAGCACCUUCGUUGGUUAUUUAUUGUUCCCUCUGUAAAAGAAAUGAAGUUCAAAUGAACUACUGUUAUAUGUCAUACACUAUUAUUUCCUCCGCCAAAGAAUGGUAUGGAAUGGAAUGUUUUCAUUGGUGUUUGUCUGUCUGUCUGUUUGACUGUUAGAAAGAGAACUCAGAAAGUUAUAGAUGGAUUUGGAUGAAAUUUUCAGAAAAUGUUGAUACUGGCACAAGGAAGAAAUUAUUACAUUUUGGUGGUGAUGGCGGGGGAGGGGGGGGUGAUCUGCCUUGGUGGAGGUCUGCACUCUCCGAGUGCUUUUCUAGUUUUUACUAUUGAUGACUGUGUACUGUAAAAACAUCAUGUCGCGUCACAUAUGUUAAUCAUGUUAAUGUUAGUGUUCCAUGUCUCAUCUUUGGUCUUCAGUGUUUUGUCUUUGUUUGAUCAGUCACUUUAUGUUAAGUUAGAGUCAUUCACAUUUGACCUGUCUUGAACUUCCUGUUUUAUUUUGUAUACUUCUCUUCCCUCUCGUUUCAGACCCUGACUUCCUCCCUUUGUGUGUCAGUGUGAUUGUCAGCCCCACCCCUGAUUGUUGUAACCUGUAUUCCCCCACCUCAUGUAUAAAUAGUCCUGUCUCCCUUUGUUUUGUGCCAGUUCGUCUGAAUCCGUCAUUGUGUUUACAUCAAGCAGCCAACCACGUUGUGUCCCAUGUUUGUCUGUUUUGUGCUUUAAGUUUUUUCUGUAAGAGUUUUUUGUUCAUCAAAGAGAUUUGUUAGUAGUUUUAUAUAUCCUCCUUCUGAGUGCUUUUUGUUAAUCACUUUUUCAUCAUUAAAAUACUUUUGUUAAUCUUCA